AGGGGCUGCCGGCGGCGGGGUCGGGAUGGCGCAGCCCGGGGAGGCCUCGGGCAACACGGCGGCCGCCAGCGCGGGCAUGGACAGCAACGUCCUGGCCAUCGUCAUCGCCGCCACGGUGUCCACCUCCGUCUUCAUCGUGGCGAUCCUCAUCCUGUUGCUGCUCCUGUACCACCGGGACCCCAUGUGCUGCCAGUUCCUCUGCUCCUGCCGCUUGUUCCAGACCCCCAGCCAGUAUGACCGCCCCCCACCCUACUUCAGCAGCAGCCAACGGCUGGUGGGACCCCAGCGUGGAGCCUCCCGGCUGGAGAGCGCUGCCGAGAACCCCGGCAUGCAGGGAGAUGAGCUCUUCUGCGUUGGACCCCCCAGCACCUACCGGCUCCCUUCCUGGGAGCAGCCCCGCCUGCCAAGCUACGAGAGCGUGCGGAAGAAAGAUCGCCAGCGGGAAAUCCACCAGAUGAUCGCCGAGAGGUUUGGGCUGUGGGCAGAGCCAUCCCAGGAGAUGCCACCUCCCUAUGAGCACGCUCUGAGGCAUCCUCCAGCUUUCUCAGGAUCAGGAAUAAGCUCAGAGACCUUGGACAGAUGUGGUGUUCCAGACCCUUUCCAUGCCCCUCUCAGCUACCAAACUCAGCGAAACACAGCGGUGUAAGGCCUCAGCCUCAGCCUGCUGCUGCUUCCUGUGCUGUCAGCGACAGAAGUGCCUGGGACACUGUUCCCCUCCGCAGGGAAUGGCCAAACCUUCACCCAGAUCCACAAUCAGUAGAGACCCAGCCAGCAUUGCCAUCUCUCCUGCAGCACAAGGACAACCACGGAGCCAGCAGAGCAACCAGGGACAUCUGCUUGCUCCUCUCUGGCAAACACUGUUACCAAAGGAGACGGACCAGCUGCUGGAGCUGCACAGGGCAAAGCCAAGGGGAAGGUCUGCUCAGCCACAGCUCCUCAGGAGCAGCACAUUGUACCUCAGUGAGGCAGCACUGCCGGCUAUACCAAGGAUCAGACCUCAGACACUCCUGGUGUCAUGCUACUUCACUCGUUUCGUAGGUUACCAGGUGUUUUACUGUAUCCCUGUACUGGCUGCCAGGUGGGGAUCCCCACUGUGAGUGGAUCUGCACUGGAGCAUCGCUGUGUGCUCUGGAGCAAUGGACCUGAGACUAACAGCAGGUCUGUACAGACCUCAGACAUGGAUUUGGAGAGGCUCUGGGGGUUGUGUUACCUGCUGUGUGCAAACACCGACCACUGAGAUGAAUCAUGGGACUGGAUUUGCAGUCGGGGGAAGGACAGACGUGUGGACACAACAGCUGGUGGUCUCCAUGAAGAAUGUGAAGCACAGGUGGACACGUGUGGCUGACCCAGUUCACCUGGUCUUCUGCAGAGCAGAAGAACUGUCUAAUAAUGUCAACACCGGUGUCCUUACACCACCAAUUUUGAUAACCUGUUUUCUACUGCAGAGUCAAUGUUUCAAAUUGUUUACCAACCUGUAGAUAAAAUGAGAUCAGUUUGGCCACAAGUCAUUUGGGCUCCUUCAUUUCGAGCAAUAUAAGCUCAAAAAUAUCAUGUAAUGACUCAAAGAUAAAAUGAUAAGUCUCCUGGAUUAUGGCUUUAUGACACACCUCCAGCUGCUGAGCUUCAAAUGCCAGCCCAGACUUCAGUAUCUUACCAGGCCCCAGAACUUAGUCAUGAGUUGAGAGUUAUGCCUGUGAAUUUGCCUCAUGUGGCCAGUGAAUGGAACAUUUAGGUAUUUGAGUUAAUCAUUGAGGUGAGUUAGACAGAGGGAAAAAUCCAGCUUCCUGGAACACAGCGUUAGAUGCACGUGGAAAAGGAUCUGUUCUGCAGUAUUGUAAAUUAAGGUACAAAUAGAAUGGUAAUGACUAAAAAUGAGUAAAAAUAAGAGGGAAUUAUUAGUGGGACAUAAGAGUGAUUGUAGAGGGAAGUCAUCCAGUGGCACAAUGGAACAGGUUGUCCAGAUGCUAAAUGAACACGAUAACACAUUCUGUGAUCGGCCAAGACCUUCAGCUGCCCCACUGCAUUUAUUAAACACUCUUUCAAAUUCCAGCAGGUGAUCCCAGUGCCUGAACACUGACCACCUGUGCUUUAGGAGCCAAACCAAGUCCUAAACCGGUAUCUCCAGAGCUAGAACACUCUCAUCCUCAGAUGCCAGUCCAGCUGUAGUGGUCUGUCCUUCCCAUCCGUGCCUGCGUGACACAGGAGGCUCACAGCAUGGUGACCAGUUUGAAGCUUCCUACCUCUGUGUUGGGGAUGACACUGAUAAAGGUUUUAUAAAGGAUUGCUCCUUUGGGCAGGCGGCAGAUCACAUCCCUGCUCUCGCUCUUGCGGGGCCGGGGCACAUAGACCUCCUUGGUGUAUCUCACAAUCCCGUCCUCCAGGGCGUAGAGUGUGUUGUUACGGCCCAUCCCCACCUGGGAGAGGAUGAGGAGCGUUAGAAAGGAGGGGCUGGAGGCCCCCAGCUAAAGCAGAUCUGAUCGCUGGUCUGCCUCGUUUGAUAUCCCGGCUUCAACAGCAUCUGUUGCUUUGUAUUUUAAAAUAAAAGAAAGCCACACAACUUGCUUCCAA